GAAUAUUAAUAUUAGAACCAAAGGAAUAAACUCUGUUUACUAUUUAUUGUUUGAUAAACAUAUAACAUUAACUAGGAUAUCACGUGUAAUACAGUUUCAUUGAAUUAUUUUAUUUUUGGACGAUACUAUGACUAAUUAUCACAAGAAUGUGGGUAUCCAACCAUUGAAAACAUUUUUAGCUCGUGCAAUCUAUGAUAAUCUAUCAGAAAAUCCAACAGAAUUAAAUUUUUCACGUGGUGAUUUAAUCACAGUAUUGGAUAGAAAUCCAUCUGGUUUAAAUGGUUGGUGGGUAUGUAGUAUUCGUGGUCAAUUAGGAAUUGCACCGGGUAAUCGUCUUGAACUAUUAGGCCUUAUAAAUAAUAAUAAAGAACAAAAUAAUUCUGAUGUCUAUGAUGAUCCAACAGGAUGGUGCAUACCGAAUGACAACAACAACGACAGUAAUUCAAACAAUAGUAAAAAUAGCAUUGUAUGCACAAAAAAGUCUACACAAUUUAAUCCACUUGAAGAAAAUCAUCUUUCCAUGAAUCAAAACUCAUGUUCAUUAUAUGAAAAUGUAGAUUAUUAUACAAAGUAUCCUAGUUCUGUUGGUUUGACAGAUAGUGGAAAUUUCUCUAGUCAGUCAAGUGAUGUUUCAUUCAGUAUACAUUCAAUAAAUGAUGGAAUAGUUGAUCAGAGAAUGAAUCGAGAAAAUUCAUCUGAAGAUUAUGAAGAUUUACCACCAAGUAUACCAGAAGAAUUUCGUGAUACAAAUAAUUCAAUUCAAUAUAAAUUAACUAGUACAAAUUCAUAUAAAAAUGAAACAACAUUAAAUAAUUUACAUGAUACUAUUCAUCUCUCUAAACAAUUAAACAAUGAAAUCUUAUUUUCUUUAAAUACACAAUCUAAAUCUACUGAUAAUUUAAUAAAUUCAGUAGAUAAUUUAAAUGAUAAAAAAUUUCCGGAAAAUAUUGUUCCUUCAUUUAAAGAAAUUAAUAAUGAUAAACAAUUUAAAUUAUCAUUAGAAUUAACACCAAAUAUAUUUAGAACAAUGAAAGAAUUUACAGAUUAUUGGUUACCAAUACAAGAACGUAUACAUGAUAAAUGUUUACAUUUAAUAAAGCUAUUACAUCAACAUGAUACAAUACAUUCAACACAUUUAAUAACUUCAUUAAUUACACAAUUAAAUCAUGAAUUUAUAAUUAUUAGUCAAUUAUGUACAGUUAUGAUUGGUCUUUCUAAACAAACAACAAUAAUAAAUAAUAAUUUAAUACAAAAAUUUAUUAUAUAUCGUUAUAAUAUGGAAAAUUUAUCUGAAUUAUUUAUUAAAUUAUCAAAAAAUAUUAAUAUUAUAGAUUUAAAUAGUCAAUAUCAAAAAUAUAAUAAACAAUUUAUUAUUACCACCCAUUCGACUAAUAAUAAUAGUAAUAGUAAUAAUAAUAUUAAUAGUAAUAAUAAUAGUAAUGAUAAUAAUAAUAGUGAAGAGAGUAAAGCUUUACUUGAACAAACAAUUCAACAAUUACUUACUGAAAUCAAUUUAUUUUAUACAACCAUUUUAAUAAAUUCUAAACUAUUAUUUAAUAAUUUAAUUAAUAAAUCUAGUGAAUCAAAUCAAGAGCAUUUUUCUUUAAUAAAACAACAAACAAAUAUGUUUAAUAAAUUAAGUAGAUCAAUUCCUUCAUUUCAUACAUUAUCUUUAAAUUCAUCAUUACAAGUGUCAAAUAAUGAGCCAAAAUAUUUAUCAAAAUCAUAUGAAUUCAUUGAUCAUUUAACUAAAUUAAAUCAAAAAAAUUUAGUGGGACAUUUAAAUUUUCAAAAAUUAUCACAAUUUUGUUUAAAUUCAUUAAAUAUUAUUGAUAAUUAUUUAAAUUAUUUAAUACAAUUUCAAAAUGAUACAAUAUUAUAUUUUAAAAAUUUUAAAAAUAAUAAUAUUUUUAUACAAUUUAUAAUAGAACAAACUAAAUUAGUAAUGGAAUCAUGUAGUCAAUUAAUACGUUAUAUUAUGUCUAUUUGUAAUGAAUUUAAAUUAUUAUCAUCUAUCCAUAAUAUCAAUGAUGAUUAUGAUACAAAUACAGUAAUAUUAAGAAAAUUAGAAUAUAUGAGUGAUAAACUAUGUGAAUCAUUAAAAGGUUUAAUAAUACUUACUAAAGAAAUUGCAAAAUUUCUUACAAAUGAAUAUGAAAUUAUAACAUCUCAUAAAAUAAUUCCUAUACCUGGUCCAUUAUUACAACGUUUAAAUGGUGCAUUGAAAUCAAUUCAAAAUUCAAUUAAAACAAUUAAUGAAUUAAUAAAGGAAUAAUUAUCAAUAUUUAUUUCAUGUAUUGACUAGAAAAGAUUAGGAGUUUAAAAAUCCUCAUAGAAUAUAUUCAUAAAUGAAGAAUAUUUGAAUGACAAAUUGUAUUCAAUAACUUCAUCAUCAGCCUCUAUACAGUUAUAAGUUCAUAAUUGUGAUAUUUUACAAAGGCCAAGAAUAAGGCAUGUAUUAAUGAAUUUGACAGUGUUUACCUUGGCCCACGACUGGAUCACCGGAUACCUAAACUGAAUAUUAUAAACAUCUUACCCCCCUCUUUUUUUUUAAUUACCUCUAUCUUGAUCUUCACAUCCAUCAUCCUCAACUCGUUUAUCAUAAUUACCUUGAUAAAACCCCUUUUAUUAAAUAUUAUAUUCACACCAACAAUCUUAUUAUUAUUAUCUCAAUUGACACGAUGAAAUUCUUCUACUAUGCAUUUUAUUCAGACAAUAUUUUUUUCCAUUUUCAUUUUUGCUAUAAUACUAUUCUACUUAUUGUGACUGGACACUUUACUCCAAAUCAUUCUGACCUUUAUUGAAUGACUUUUCUAAUUUACAAAUAAUACCAUUUUGAAGUAUAUAUAUAUAUCGUAACAGAUGCAAACGUUCACCAUUUUUAACACGUGACAUUGUCAAAUUCAUUAAUACAUGCCUUAUUUUUGACAUUCGUAAAACAUCCCGAUGAUUAUGGGCUUACAACUGUAGAGCCUGAUGAUGAAAUUAUUGAAAACAGUUGUUCGCUCAAAUAUUCUUCAUUUAAGGAUAGAUUAGACUGAUGAAGUUUCAUUCAUGAAUUCAUCUAGUUUUUACUCAAAUCAUUCAUUUUGAGCUUAUAAGAUUUGUAAAUUACUUAUCAUUAAUGAAUAACAUGUCUAAAUGAUACAUAUACACAUAAACAUAUAAACAUAAAUACCAUAUCAUUAUUUCAGUAAUAUAUUAAGUAGUUAUUUGCAUUUUAUCUUAUUGUGUAUACAAUUCAAUAGGCGAUUUAUAUCUUGAAUUGUAAUUGAAGAACAAAUGAUUAUGCAUAUUCAUUCCUUGUUUAUGUUUUACUUCCUUGUACUAUUUGUAUUUCAUAAAAGAACAAUCAUUAGUGAAUAUAAAUGAGUUAGUUUUCAUUUUGUUGUCAAUUGAUUGUUGUUUUUUUUUAUUAUGACAACCUUUCUUCAUACUAACAAACACAUUUUAUACUGAAAGUCGGUAGUUGUAUUUAAACCCAAUUCGUCGGUAUUCUAUCAUUAUUAAUUUGUCUUAUUAUGUAUUGGGAUUUGGACGUAUGUUCGAUUCUUAACUAUUAUGACGCUUGAGCAUGAGUUAGUCUUUAGAAUUUUACUGAACAGUGAGAUUAGAAGUAAUUAAAUGGCUUACAAAAUUCAAUCUUGACACAUGUUUUUUUUCACAAAUUAGUUUCAA